AUGUCUGAAGAUCUUGUUCGCCUCGACAUCAACGGCAUCUUUGCCGUCAUCACGUUGAACAACCCGACAAACUUCAACGCCUUGACGCAGAGUCUGUAUUAUCGCCUUGCUAGCUUGCUUCGAGACGCCGAAAAGAAUCCGGAUGUCUACGUUACUGUUUUGAUCGGGGAGGGCCCCUUUUUCUCUGCAGGAGCUGACCUUAAAGGCAAACCACCUUCUACGGAGGACAUGUUAUCUCGCCCCUAUUGGCUUCCGAAGUUGGUGAACAACAAUGUAGACGUCGCGAGGGCAUUCUAUAGCCAUUCGAAGAUUUUGGUAACGGCGCUGAACGGUCCCGUCAUAGGGCUUUCUGCAGCCUUGAUAUCCCACUCGGACUUUAUCUACGCUGUGCCUGACGCUUAUCUGAUGACUCCUUUCACCUCACUCGGCCUCGUUGCCGAAGGCGGCUCCAGUGUCGCAUUCGUGCAGCGGAUGGGUCAAGGCAAAGCGAACGAGGCACUCAUACUUGGCAGAAAGAUUCCUGUCAGCGAGUUGGCUCAGGUUGGGUUUGUCAACAAGGUCUUCGAAGACAAAAGCAAUUUCCGCGGACAGGUGAUGGGGUACCUGCAGCAGACAUUCGGCGAACAUUUAGUGAAGUCGAGCCUUUUGGGGACAAAGGCUCUCAUGCGCCGCCGCUUGGUUAGGGAGCAGGACGAACAAGCGCCGCUAGAAAUGUUCGGUGGCCUCGACCAUUUCUGCCAGGGUAUCCCACAAGCCAAGAUGGGAGAGGCCCUGUCCAAGAGCAAGAAAUCUCGACUCUAA